CUUUUGAAAGUGAGAAAACUGAUUAGGACUAUUUGGAGAAUCCAGUGUUAUUCGAUCUAACUAGAAAUAAGUACAGUAAAUUCGAUAAUCGAUAGGUAGCUACGGUCGGGAUGGAGCAAUUGUUCCAUAUCUAACUGAAUUUUGGGUUUUUUAGCUUUAAUGCACAUUCAUCUGCUGGUUGUUCAGACACUUGGAAGUCGUAGUAGACUUGGGCAGCAAAAUUCAAUAAAUUUUAUACUGAAGGCUUUGACAAACGAAUCUGAAAACCCGGUUAAGAUGGAGAAUAGAAAAAUACGCGACUUUGGCAAAGCGAAGGAGGACACAAUUGAUUCAAUCUCUAAUGACGGCAGCACCACGCGCACACUCAAGUCGAAGAUCAUGGAAUCAAACGCACCAUUGGAUGUAACUGGCACCGGGACAGAUACUCUAUCUGACUGCGUUGCAAAGCUACCAGAUGAGCAAGUAGCCGAUGCUGCACACGGCUUAAAGCAGCAUCAGCAAAUUGAUGAGCAAGCCGAAGGCGGCAAUCAGCAGUCGUCUGGGGAGCCAGAGUCUGCUGCUGCUGCUGCGGCUGCUGCUGCACCUGCCGAUGAUGAUAAAGGUCAGGUACAAGAGCAGCCGAAACAGAAGGGCUGCGACAAGUGUGGCAAGAAAUUUGGCCUGACCGGCGGAUUCUCCUGCCGUUGCGGUGGCACAUUUUGUGCAUUCCAUCGCUAUAGCGAUCGCCACGAUUGCAGCUUCGAUUAUCGCGAAAUGGGCGCCACCGAAAUACGCCGUGAUAAUCCAUUAGUUGUGCCUGAAAAACUCCGCAAGCUCUAGCACUAGAGCAACUUAACGCCGGCUUGGCCCUUCUUUCAAUUGCAGUUGUUAUUGUUAUAUUUUUGUUAAAUAAUUUUUUUGGCAUGAGCUGAGCUAAUCUGCAUUAACCACAUACAAACACACAAUUGGAACCGAGCUAGCGCAACUACAAACAGAAAACACUCACAAUCGAAACAAAACAACGUGGCAUAGCAUCAUAAUGUACAUUAAAUCUUCAAAUUGUAGCAAUUAUUGUAAAACCCGUUAAUUGCCAAUAAGCUAAAUGCCUUAAACUAAAUCCGAGGCUUUUAUUAGUU